UUCGAUACAAAUUUGAUACUACUAUUCAGUAUUCACACAUUUAGAAGUCACGAAAAUAUGUUUGGCAUGUGUACACAUAGUAGUAUUUUAUAUAUGUGUGCUUCUCUAAACGCACUUCAAACUUCUCUCUCUGUGUCUCUGAAAAUUGAGGGAUGUUGAGAAUGGAUAUUAGGAUGAUGAGGAGGAUAGUGAUGAUAUUAGUUAUAGCUCUGAUUCAUGUGAGCAAUGGAGAGUUUCAACGCUUCCAACAACCUACCAAACCUGAUGGAUCCCUCCACGUCUUGGUGCUCGGAGAUUGGGGAAGAAAGGGCCACUACAAUCAAUCUCAACUUGCUCAUCAGAUGGGCGUGACAACAGACAAGAACAAGAUGGAUAUUGAUUUUGUUAUUUCAACUGGUGACAAUUUUUACGACGACGGAUUAAUCGAUGUCAAUGAUCCUGCCUUUCACCAGUCCUUCACUGAUAUAUACACGGCUCCUUCUUUGCAAAAGACGUGGUACAAUGUGUUGGGAAACCAUGACUAUAGAGGCGACGCCUUGGCACAAUUGAGUCCAAUCCUUCAAGCAAGAGACAACAGAUGGUUUUGUAUGAAAUCUUUUAUUCUUGACGCAGAUAUUGUAGAAUUUUUCUUCAUAGACACAACGCCGUUUCAAGACAAAUACUUCACAAAACCAAAAGAUCAUGUCUAUGAUUGGAGAGGUGUCCUUCCUAGAGAGAAAUAUCUUUCAACCCUCAUGCAGGACUUGGAGAGUGCACUAAUACAAUCGAAAGCCAAGUGGAAGAUAGUGAUAGGUCACCACACAAUUAAGAGCGCUAGUGAUCAUGGUAACACUCAAGAGCUUGUGGAUAAGGUUCUUCCCAUUCUUGAGGCAAAUGGAGUUGAUCUCUAUAUAAAUGGACAUGAUCACUGCCUCCAGCACAUAGCUAGUCCUGACAGUCCUCUUCAAUUUUUGACUAGUGGAGGCGGAUCGAAGGCUUGGAGGGGUGUAUAUGAGUGGCCCAACCCUAAGGAGAUGAAAUUUUUCUAUGAUGGUCAAGGUUUCAUGACUCUUGACAUAACUCAUCAUCAAAUAAGUCUCAAUUUCUAUGAUAUUUUUGGUAACAUUUUGCACAAAUGGAGUGUCACACCACAACCAUCCAUCAUCUCCGCUAUCUAGAUUAUUUAUCGGCUUCAGCAUUAUGUUAAGGAAAUUAUUCAUGUAAAAUUAUUAUUUGGAUGGUAUGGUGGCCUAUACCAGUCAUAUUAUUAACUUUUAUGCUCAUCUUUAUUGUUUAUAAUAAAUAUUUUGUACUA